AUGUCUUCUACAAAUAACAGUUACGAUGUUGUAUCUGCAUACAAGACCUCUUUGAAUGAUACGGAAUUAUCCACACCUGUUGCUAUCUUCAAAGCCCUGACAGACUUUGUUCGACACAGUACAGCUCCCACCAUGUCUGAAUUUAUGCAAACAUUGGAAAAGGCAGCACAAGCAAUUCGUCAGGAGCCUCAAGUCAUUGCUGCUGCCGACAAACCUGCAAAUCAACACAAGGCUGCCAUUGCCAUCUUGGCAGGUGUAGAUUUAUUCAUGCGCUUUGUCACAAGAAACUCUCACGAUUUCUCGCUCUCCGAAGAAGCAGGUAGCUUUGAGGAUUUCAAGGAAAAUUUACUGUCUAGAGCCUCAUUGAUUUUGGAAAAGGCUUCUUCUGCUCGUGAGAAGGCUGCAGAGAUUGGUGCGCAAUUCGUGCACGACAAUGCUGUUGUGUUGGUGCAAGGCUAUUCUCGUGUCAUCAUGAGUGUCCUGUAUUAUGCCGCCAAUGUUCAAAAUAAGAGAUUCAAGGUAUACGUUACGGAAGGCAGGCCUAACAGCGAUGGUAUUCAAGCUGUAUCCGCCCUGAGAAAGAACGGUAUUCCCUGUAGAGCAGUUUUGGAUUCUGCUGUUGGUUAUAUUAUGGAUAAGGUAGAUAUGGUGUUUGUUGGCGCAGAAGGUGUCGUUGAAAAUGGCGGUAUUGUGAACAAGAUUGGUACAUUCCAAAUUGCUUUGGUGGCCAAGGCCUUGAGUAAACCAGUAUAUGCAGUCGCUGAGAGUUACAAAUUUGUGCGUGUCUACCCUUUAAAUCAAUACGAUAUCCCGUCAGAAACACCGGAAAUCGUUACAUUUACCUCCAGAAGAAAGUCUUUCAGUACAACCGGUGAUGCUGAAACUAUGGAUGAAUUGGCUUUAUCAAACCCCUCAGUAGAUUACACACCUCCUCAAUAUAUCACUUUACUUUUGACAGAUCUGGGCGUCUUGACUCCCUCUGGCGUGUCUGAUGAACUAAUCAAACUUUACGUUUAA